AUGGAGUCGGAUCAUUUACAUUUGCAACGUUAUUCAUUCGUCAUUAAAACUGGGGGUAAGAAAGACAGUUGUGAGAUCGGUCAGUUGGGUCCCCUAUUAGAGACCGAAAACCCUGACCAGGCGGCUUUGGACGAACUCGCCGAGAAAGCGUUUCAUCGUUUACAAGAAGUGGAGGCGAUGAUUGCCGGUGGAUAUGUGUGCGAUGUUUUCCUCCGUCCACUAAUCGAAAUACUUGAAUAUUUCGGUGAAUUACCGGCCGCUCGGCGACUACUUGUGUACUAUAGACGGCAAGUCCCGGAAAAUCCCAACGCGAUCCGCUACCUAUGCGAGUGGUACAAACAGCACGGUGGUCCUGCUGACCAAUCUGUAAUUACUGACCUGUCUGAUCACCAGUCCCUAGACACGACACCGGAACUAUGCAGCCCACGUGCUCCGAAACGAACUAGCGCGUCAAAAACGCUUCGACGAGUUUUGACACUCCGAAUCCAAUUUUCCCGUCACGUGCUUCCCGAACCUGCACCUGCUGUCCCUUCGUCCGAGAAUCCUCUGACAUUGGCGGAAGAAAAGAAGCACCUACGGGCUGCGCAUCCACACGUGUCCACUAUUGUGGCCUGUUUGAAACACGGUGAGCCGGGUGUUCCUCUUUUUGUUCGGAUCACUUUUCUUCUUCGGGUAGGUCGUUCCUUGGACGCGUUACAAUUGACAUUCUGUUUGCUGGAUCAUCCUUCCUGGGCGGUCUACACAGAGCCAUGGAAAUUGUUGAAACGCUCCAUAUGUGCGGUUGGAAAACAAAGCCCCGAGGUUGUGGAAGCGAUUCGCUUUCGACAGCGUAUCUGGUCGCAUUUGUAUUUUGAUCGAUUUUCCACCCUUCCUCCGGUGGCUAAAUUCGCACGAAACCUGUUCCGAAAGUUGGCUGUGCCAGUCUCAUACGCCGACUCAGAACAUACGAAUGAGACAUCUCUCGGACCGCUCCUCUCCAUCGAGCCUAUUUAUGUCAGACAAAUGAAGGUUGAAGAUACUUCAGAGGGCGAUACCAGUACGUGA